UCUAAAUCUCUCUCCUGUUUGCUAAAUCUGUCUGUCACUGCUAAAAUCAGAGCAGAUAGUGCCUACCCAAUGGAGCGAAGUCCACAAUAUUGAAAUGUUGCAUUGCUCUGAACAUCUUCCUGGAUUCCCUUUUUGUUCAUAUUAUCAGCUGACAAUCUCAUUUCCAGACCCUGUACUUAAAGAAGCUAUGGAAAUCAACAACAACAAUCUUUCAACACAAUUAUUUAAGUGCUACUUUUGUGAUUUCUUAAAGGUGCAUAUGCAGACAAUGUCCUAUAUUCAUUUCUUCUACGUGGCUUUGUGUCUACUUACGUUGACCCAUUCCGUAGCUGCAGGUCCUGAGACACUUUGUGGAGCAGAGUUAGUGGACGCUCUUCAAUUUGUAUGUGGAGACCGGGGCUUUUAUUUCAGCAAGCCAACAGGGUAUGGAUCCAGCACUCGUCGCUCACAUCACAAAGGAAUUGUGGAUGAAUGCUGUUUCCAAAGCUGUGAUUUGCGGAGGCUGGAAAUGUACUGUGCUCCUGCCAAGCCCGCUAAAUCAGCCCGCUCUGUGCGUGCACAACGUCACACUGAUAUGCCCAAAGCCCAGAAGAAAUCAGGAGACAGGAAGUCUUCCCACAAAGGAGGGGGGGUCAUUAGAUGUGUACCAUAGAUGCCAACAGAAUGCAGUUUUCCAUGGCAGGAAAUACAUUUGAAGAAUGCAAGUAGAGGAAAUACAGGAAACCGUAGCUUCAGGAUGUAAUUCCUGCCACUGAAAAUCUUGAAAAAUGAAUGUGCCAUCUGCAGGAUAUGUUACUGUAACUGAAGAAUAAACUAUGAAAGAAAAAAACAGUGGAAGACUUCACACUUAUCUCAACUCAUGGGCAUUCUUCCUGUGAACAACGCAAAUACACAUUCCAAUGUUAGAUUUUUCCAGACAGAAUCUUUGUCUGAUGUAAUCCUGCUUAAUCUUUCACAUGUUUUACAUAUCCUGCACAAACAGUUUUUAGAAGUUAUGUCCCCUGAAGGUCCAGAAAUUAAAGGCCUUUGAUGGCUUCAAUUGCACUAAAAUGAAUCAAUGUUUUAUGGAUACUGGAAGUAUGAUCCAGAAUUGUCCAAGAUAUUUUCUCUGAAUUGCACUUCUAUAAAUGCAACAGGCUGUUUAUUUUUCAGUGUCUAUUAACAUUUUUUGCCUGCCCCUCUUAUGUUGCACAGUUUUGUCUCGCAGUAGCAAAACAAGGAAAAAAAAAUAGCUUUCCAUUUUUAG